AUGGAGGAGGACUGGUGGAGCAAAUUCUAUGUGUCCAUGGAGGACAAGGACCCCAAAUUCCCGUGGGGAACCAACGAGGACAGACUGAAUAUCUACGGCUGCGAGCUGGAGGCGGUGCCCGAGUUCGAGGGGCUGCAGGAUUUCUGCCAGACCUUCCCCCUCUCCAAACCCGGCCGUGCCCCCGAGCCCGUGGGCAGCUUCAAGGGGCUGUUCCGCAUCUACCCCGUGCCCCAGGAGGGCGGAGCCGCCCCCGCGCCGCGCUGCUUCCAGCGCCUGCCGCCCCGCCAGCCGCAGCCGUGCCUGCUGCGCGUCUACGUCGUGCGAGCCUUCGACCUGUCCCCCCGCGAUGUCACCGGGCUGAGCGAUCGCUACGUGCGGGUGGCGCUGGGCAAGAAGACGCUGGGACAGCGGGACCAGUACGUGCCCAACACCCUGGAGCCCGUCUUUGGCAGCGCGGGCCCCGCGUGCUGGCGGGACCAGCUGUGCCCCAGCCGGGCCCUGGAGCUCCUGGCGGGCACCCGGGGGCUGCCCGGGCCCCGCUUCAGCCGCGGGGGCACCGCCCUGAGCCUGAGCGGGCAGCGCUUCGAGCUGCGCCACUUGGCGGGGCCACCCCCCGCCGCGACACGCCGGGCCCCCCGGGAGCGCCUGGCCCUGCACGUGCUGAACCUGUGCGAGCUCUUCCCGGAGCACUUGGAGACCCGCGGGCUGCAGAGCCGCGCCCAGCCUGGCCUGGAGCAGGGCAAGGUGCAGAUGUGGGUGGACAUUUUCCCCACCAGCCUUGGCCCCCCUAGGCCCCCUGUGAACAUCGACCCCCACAAGGCGAAGGGGGUGACCCGUCCCUGUCCCCUCCUGAGGUACGAGCUGCGCUGCGUGGUGUGGAACGUGGGGGACAUGGAUCCUGGGGACAUCAACCUGCUGGGCCAGCGCAUGAGUGACAUCUACGUGUCCGGGUGGCUGGAUGGGCUCUCCGAGCAGCAGCAGCACACUGACAUCCACUAUCGCUCCCUGAACGGCCGCGGUGCCUUCAACUGGCGCUUCGUGUUCCCCUUCGAGUUCCUGGCGGCCGAGAAGCUCUGCGCCAUCCGCCGCAAGGAGCACGUGUGGAGUUUGGACGAGAUGCUGCUGAAGGUGCUGCCCAAGCUCAUCCUGCAGGUGUGGGACAAUGACAAGUUCAAGGUGGACGAUCUGCUGGGGAUCCUGGAGCUGGAGCUGACGCAGCUGCCCCACCCGGCCUGCAGCGCCCGCCUGUGCCGGGCCACACUGCAGGACCUGCCCUGGUUCUCCUGGGCCUGGCUCUCCCUGCCCCGGUUCUUCUGGGCCCAGCUUUCCCGGGCCUGGCUCUCCCUGGCCCGCUUCUCCUGGCUCUGGCUCCCCCUGGCCUGGCUCUCCCGGUGCUGGUGCCGUGCCCUGGCGCGGCAGCGCUCGCCCCUGAACCUGUUCCGCAGAAGGAGGGCGCGGGGCUGGUGGCCCUGCACCGUGCACAAGGACGGUGGCCAGUGGCUCUUGGGGAAGCUGGAGCUCAGCCUGGAGCUGCUGUCGGCGCAGGAGGCCGAGGAGCGGCCGGUGGGGAAGGGCCGGGAGGAGCCCAAAAAGCACCCGACCCUGCCCGAGCCCAGGCACCCCAAGUCCUCGUUCCUGUGGCUGACAUCUCCACUGAGCCUUGUCCGCCACGGCGUCCGCUGGCACUACCUGCUGUGGCUCGGCCUGGGGCUGGCGGCACUCCUGCUGCUCCUGCUGCUCCAUUCCUUCUUCCCGGGCACCCUCAAGGUGAAGGUGGCUGACCCACGCCAGCUCCUGCCGGCCAAGGAGCAGCCGGGCACGAAGCCUCCCCUGACGGAGCGCUGA